AGAAUAUUACACAUGUAAUUAGUUAACGAGUUAAGUUUAUCCUGCUUUAUUCACGUAGUUACCUAAAGGAGGGGAUGGAUGUGACGGUUUAUGCUAGCAAACAAACAGUCUGACAGGUUUUACCGGUCAGAAGUGACUAAACCUGGAUUAGUCCCCAGUUUAAGGUUUGUAAUUGCAAGCCAGAAGAAUUCAUUAGAGGAAAGCGUUAGUUGAUAUGAAUGUCUGAUUCAUUUGAGUUAACAAAAGCUGUGUUAGUCGUUAAUAAAACACCUUGAAGGCUGGAGAGUUUGUGUUUACACGCACCUGAGACGACGUGGCGUUUACCUGGACCUGCAGUUCCAGCAAUCUGGGCCCAAUCUCGGAUUUUAUCUUCCUUUUUUUGUUGCUUUGCCUAUUUUAGUUGUUUCUUUGUGGCUACUGAACCUGAAGGAAUUGGUUUCUGUUAUAAAAAUGUAGUUAUGGUCACUUUGAUUUCUUUGCAGUGAUUUCGUAUUUUAUAGUUUGUCUUUAUCUGUUUGUGUUGUUUAUGUAGUUCUAUGUUGUGUCUUUGCUUUUCUGUCUCAGGUAUGAUUAUUAGUAAUUAUAUUAAUUACUUAAACAAUUAUGGUCCUUUCCCAUCAGUGGUUUCCUUCAGCUGUGUCUGGUGUUAAUACCAAUGAACAAACAGAAAGAAAAACACAACGUUACCAUUAAAGGAAACACACAAACAUAUGUUGCGGCGAUGAGUUGCUACAAUACGAUCUCUCUGCAAAUGAUUGUGUAUUUUGGGUCAUUGGGUUCAUCGGUAGAGGAGAGGAGACGGCGUACAGAGCAGGUCAGAAAGCUGGCUCUGAACUUUAUCGACUCAACAAGGACAAAACAAAAGAGAUGGUGAUCCAUCUCCACUAUUCACAGGUGAGUGUCCUUAAGGGUGAUGAAAAAGGAACCGCCUAUAGGAGAAGCUAUCUCACCUGCUGCAUCACAGGAACUAACAGGAAACACCUGUAGAGGGUCACAAACAUCACAGUCGAUCACUUCAGACCCUCACACCACCUGUUCAGCCUCAGGCAGAAGAUGAACUCUCAGGGUGAACGCACGGCACCGAUGAGGGUGUUGGUGACAGGAGGGUCCGGCUUGGUCGGGAGGGCUAUACAGCAUGUGGUCAAAGAGGAAGGGGCGACCAAAGAAGGAGAAGAGUGGAUCUUUCUGUCCUCCAAAGAUGCAAACCUCAUGAAUGAGGAGGAGACGCGGGCGGUGUUUGAGAAACAUCGGCCCACCCAUGUCAUCCACUUGGCUGCUAUGGUGGGAGGACUUUUCAAGAACAUGAAGUACAACCUGGAUUUCUGGAGGAACAAUUCCUGCAUCAACGAUAACGUGCUGCAGGCAGCACACCAAGUGGGCGCCGUCAAAGUGGUUUCCUGUCUUUCCACCUGCAUCUUUCCUGAUAAAACGACCUACCCCAUCGAUGAAACCAUGAUCCAUAACGGGCCUCCUCACGACUCCAACUUUGGCUAUUCCUAUGCGAAACGGAUGAUUGAUGUUCAGAACAAAGCGUAUUUCCAGCAGUACGGACGCUGCUACACAGCUGUGAUUCCCACAAAUGUGUUUGGUCCCCAUGACAACUUCAGCAUCGAGGACGGCCACGUGCUUCCAGGCCUGAUUCAUAAAGCUUACCUCGCUCAGAAGGAGGGGAAGCCUUUGGUGGUCUGGGGCUCCGGUUCUCCCAGAAGGCAGUUCAUCUACUCUUUGGAUUUGGCCCGUCUUUUCCUCUGGGUGCUGAGGGAAUACCCAGAGGUGGAGCCAAUCAUCCUCUCUGUUGGUGAGGAAGAUGAGGUUUCUAUAAAAGAAGCAGCAGAUGCAGUCGUUGAAUCUUUGGGAUUCAAAGGAGAAGUCUUGUAUGACACCAGUAAAGCAGACGGACAGUUUAGGAAGACGGCCAGCAACGCCAAGCUGCACCGCUACCUCCCACACUUCAAGUUCACUCCGUUCAACCAAGCGUUAAAGGAAACGUGCGACUGGUUUGUCUCCAACUACGACGCGGCCCGGAAGUGAAGCCGCUCCGGUGCAAUCUGAGCAGGACUGAGCCGUAGUGGCCCGGGUAGUCGCUGUUGCAGGACCUUCUCUUAGUUCUGCUGUCCCUGAAGUGGAGAUGCUUCGAUACUUUGGUCACUUUGCUAAAUUGUUUGAGCUGCAAGUUUUUUUUUUUCCCAGUCCAGUUGUCGGUAAAACUUAAAUUACUGAAUGGUCACUGUCCAGGUGUUUAACUGAUGGAGCAUUAAUGUUUCUGCUUCGGGUUUAUUUUGUAUUUGUAAUAAAUGUUUCAUUUUGA